AUGUCGUACAAUAACGACGAUGAUGUUGACGAUUAUGAUGCAUAUGAUCCUACGCCCUACGGUGGUGGAUACAAAAUUGAUGUCACCUAUGGCCACCCCAUCCCUCCCUCUGAUGAAACUUGUUACCCCAUCUCCUCUUAUGUUUCAGGCUCAGAAUAUGGAUCCAACUAUGGCCACAAACCUGGCUAUGGUGGGCAGGAACAAGAAAGUGGAUAUGGAUCGUAUGGAGGAAGAUACGAGAGGCCUAAUAACUAUGGCCACGAGGAACAAGAUAGCGGGCAUGGCUAUGGAGGAAGAAACGAGAAGCCUGGCUAUGGAAGGGAGGAAGAUAGCGGAUAUGGCUAUGGAGGAAGAAAUGAGAGGCCUAACUACGGAAGGGAGGAAGAUAGUGGAUAUGGCUAUGGAGGGAGAAACGAGAGGCCUAGCUAUGGUCAGGAAGAGCAAGGUAGUGGAUAUGGUUAUGGACGACAGAGCGAGAGGCGGAACGAUGAUGAUGGUUUUGGUGUAGAAAACCAAGGAUAUCGUAAGAAAUAUGGAGAUGACAGUGAGGACGAGAAUAAUCAUGAGAGGAGGAAGCAUCGCUACGAGGAGGAGGAAGAAGGGAGGGAAAAGUAUCAUUACAGGAAGAAUUAUGAUGAGGACGACGAUUCUGGGAGGAGAAACCAUCACCGCUACAAAGGUUAUGAGGAUGAAUAA